UGUGGACACUGCUCGGUCGGAGGCGCAACAUGUCGCAUUUCGUUCGAUCGAGCUAGACGGAGGUUCGUGUCUGCGCCCCACGCCGAUUUUUCGCUCGUUCUCUGCGCGCCGUAUUCCCAAACCGUUGCCGCAAUCGCGUCCGCGGCGUUGUGACUUUCCCCGUCGACGUCUCGACGCUCCGAGAUUAUGACGUCAAACCGUCGGCCGACGCGGCCGCGCGUGAACGACGUUCCGUCGUCGCGGAAGCGAACAUAACCCCUCCGAGAGACAAUGAACCACCUCGUUCGUGGAACUUUCUUCUAAAACCGCGAGGGGAAAAGGCGAGCUUCUGGCGUCGAACGAGAUACAUUCGGUUAGCCGUCGACAUGGGACUGCUGUUCGCGAAGCUGUGGAGCUUCUUCGGCAAUGAAGAGCACAAAAUAGUCAUGGUCGGUUUGGACAAUGCCGGGAAGACGACAAUAUUGUAUCAGUUUCUGAUGAACGAGGUUGUCCACACGUCCCCAACCAUUGGCUCUAAUGUCGAGGAAGUUGUAUGGAAGAAUAUUCAUUUUAUCAUGUGGGACUUGGGUGGUCAGCAGAGUCUGAGAGCCGCCUGGUCCACUUACUAUACCAACACCGAGUUCAUCAUUAUGGUCAUAGAUAGCACUGACCGAGAGAGACUUGGCAUGAUCAGAGAAGAGCUCUACUCAAUGCUGAAUCAUGAAGAACUGAGCAAGGCCAAUGUUUUGGUGUACGCCAACAAGCAAGACUUGAAGGGCAGCAUGACUGCUGCCGAAAUUUCGAGACAGUUGGAUUUAACGUCCAUUAAGAAGCAUCAGUGGCACAUACAGAGCUGUUGCGCCCUCACAGGAGAGGGGCUGUACCAGGGACUAGAAUGGAUCGUCGGACGUUUAAAAAAGACAUGACGUACAUUAUGAAAGUCGUUUAUAACUAACAGAAUAUUCAAAAUGUAAAAUAUGUUAUUAAGUUAAGUUAGCCCUGGUUAAUACACUUUGACGGUUAUACGGAAGUGGAAAACAGUUUGGACUGUCGCAUUUUUUUAGUCAUUAUUUAAAUUUUCUGAUAUAACCUUCAAAGUGGAUGCGAUUACCUUAUUACGGCAGAGCCAACACUUGAAGGAUGGUGGACGGGUAAAUUCAUUCUUUAGCAUUAAUUGCGCUGAUUGCAUACGUGAUAAGAAUGUUUGAUAUUACUGUUCGUGACAUAAUAACAAACUUCAACUCCUUUGUUAUACAAUCAGUAACAAAGAUAAGAAAAGAAUGAAGAUAAGUAGAAAGCAAGUACAAAGCAAGAUAUUAAGCAUACUAAAGGAGGAAGACAACCAUUUUUUGCGUCCGUAUACGAAAUGUAUAUUCUUGAUUAAUUACCAUAGUUAAAUGGCCAUUAAAUAUAGCGACAAAUAUAUAGGACCACUGCACCAGUCGCUGAACAGUCGCAAAUAUAAUAAAUGACUGUUAAAAAAAAAUAUUCACAAAAUAGUACAUUGCAAAUUAAUACAUAUUUUUUAUAUCUAAUCUUCAUACAAAUUUUAUUAAAAUAUCAUUUUUUACUUGAAGAUGAAAUUAUAUUAAGUUAUUUUUAUCUGUUUAUUGACUAGUGCAGUGAUCCUAUUUUAAUUCAUUAAGAAUGUUAUCAAUUGCCUAUGCAAAUUUUGUUGUACCAUUUGCCAUGGUAAAAGUGCGAGAUUUCUCUUAUCCCGUUCACCACGGUAAAAUUUUGCAGUGAGACUGGCAGCAAAAAUUAAUGAAGGAGGCAACUCGUUAUUUGUACUCGGUUGACAUAUAAAAAGCGCAACAAAAGUGCAUCUGUGUACAUAGUUUUUUAUACUUCUCGUUAAAAGAGCGAACUCUGUAAAAUAAAAAGGGAAAAAACAUAAUGCCAGAUGAGAGAAGGAGAAAGUGACAGAUUUUUCAAUACAUUUCCGUUCGUAAGGGCCGAGCAGAUUCAUGGCAAGGUGACCCGAUCAAAGAGAAUUAUUCUCAAGGUGGAAUAUAUGAACUGCUCUGUGAUACGUGAAUUUAAUUCCGAGACAGUUGUUUGCCGAAUAGAUCACGUAACAGAUAUGCGACUUACGUGACGCGUGGAAAACAAAAGCGCAACUGAAGGAUCAGAUAGGCUGAUAAAAGCUCUAAUCGGAAGACCGACGAUAUUUUUAAGCGCAUGCGACAUACGUAAUAUCGUGACAGGUGAAUGGGAGCUUCGAAUCAAAAACUUUUCUAUUGUCUCGCUGAUCCAUUUAAUCGAUCUCAAUUUGUUGUUUUAUUUCUCUUAUGGUCUCAGUAUGAGGAAGCUUGUAAGUUUAAUAUAUAUCAAUAUAGUUCACUGCUGUAACUUUUAAUGUCCAUUUCUACGAAUAUCGAUUAAUGUCGGUUUAUCUAUUCAUCCUCUAUUCAUUUCUAAUUAGAAAAAGACAAAAUGCAAUUUAAAUCGAAAUUAAUCACCAUUGGUAGAAGUUAAUAUAGCGAUGUUAUUUUCUAAGGCAUAAAGUUUUAGUUGUUUAAGGAAACAUAUCUUCCGAUUCCAUUCACCCGCGGUUAUCGUGUGCCGCCAGGAUGGAUGCAAGACGGGCGAAAAUCUGACACAGAGGAAAUAUACCUUGUCUCCAACUCCGACAGCUGUCUCGUCUUUGCUUUAUUUAAAAUUGUAAAUGUAACUAUCUUUUAUGUAGCAUUAAAUACUCCAGUAGAUAUAAUGUUGAUUAUCAUAGCUUUAAAAAAAAAGAAAGAAAAUUGUCGGUGUGUGCUACAAGAGUAACGGGUACACGCGAAGAUUAUACCUAGACAACACGCAAUGCCUAAAAGACGUUAGAAAGAUAUCUUAAAAAUGUCUUUUAGACAUGCAUUGCACUGGGUACUGUACAGGCAGAUUGUUAACAUCGUCGCAUGAAGAGAUAUAAAAUGCCGUCUAACAAUGCCAGAGUGAGAUCCUAACGCUUAAAUGUUAACGCUAGCUUUCUCAUAUUGAGAAAUGCGCGGGAUUCUUAAAUGUGUUGAUGACACAAGAGUUGUAUCUCCCGUAUACAUUGUUUGCCGUAUACAUUGCUCCCCUCAAGACUCUACGCGGGAAUAUAUUAUUCGAAUCUUACACGCUCGUCAAAUCUAUCCACGGACGCGUGUUCGUCUCUUCUAUUUAACUGUAAUUGUGUAAAAAAAUAAUUUCUGGAAUAUAAAGUACAAGAACGUAGGUUGUUUUAAUCACAUGCGAGGACACAACUCGUGUUGGUUUGCAAAUUCUACACAUGGCCCGAAUGUAUCGAAAUAACGAUUACGAAAAUCAAUCUUUUUCCAACUUAUUCGGUCUUUAUCUAAUAUAAUUGUGUAACAUAAGCCAGGGAGAAUCCUGUAUAAUCGAAUAAUAACAAAGGCUAAACGUAUGGGAUGUUAAAUAAAUUCAAUUAAAAAUCAGUUUCUAUCAGUAAGAAA